CGUCGAUAGUUUUUUGGGGUGACAUUGCAGUUCUGUGUUCCGCAGUUCUUGGCGCACAGCGUGGGCUUUUGUGUUUGUGUUACAUUAGGAUGGCCAAAUCAGACUCACUCAAAUAGUCUGGAAAAAAAAAACAGUUUCUAAGAAUUUUAGGCGCAAAUGCAUAAAAGAGAUGGCUGCAGUCUCCUUUGUUCUAGGCCGCAUGACGCGCAGAGAGAGAGAGGGCAGAGGAGGAGCAGAGGCGUGGUGUUGGUUCUCGUGCUGCAGUCGGGAAUCUGGGCUUCCUCGCCUCUACUUCGCUCUCAUCUUUGUCACCUCUCUCAUCCGCUCCUCCUCCUGCCGUCGCCGGUAGUGGAAGCUUACUGCCACAAAUCCCUGAUCUUAUGCGAAGCCUCUUCGGUAGCAUCAUUACUAGUGCGAAAGCUUGACGGAAAUCUCUCUCCAUGGUUUUGGCUCGUCUCCUUCUCCAUUCUACUUCCCCUAUCCAUCCUCUCUACCACCGCCAAAUCCAUCCUCCACUCCCUCUCCUCUUCCCCUGCUUCCCUUCCCUCCAUCUGCCUCAUCUCCUCCUCCACCAACUCCGAAAUCCCUCGCCGCCACCCCGAUUCCAGCCAAACACCUUCCUCACCACCUUCGCGGCCACCUGCAUUCCUCUCAUAGCAUCAUGCUCCACCAAGACCCAUCUCCUCCAAAUCCACGCCCGCCUCCUCCGCUCUUCCAUCAUCGACAACCCAUCCAUCUCCACCGCCUUUUUGUCUCGCGCCGCCCUCUCCCAAUUCGGUGAUAUCGAUUAUUCCCGUCGCGUCUUCGAACAGAUACCCAAACCCACCAUCUUUCACUACAACACCAUGCUAAGAUCCUACUCACAGGACAGCACCCCGGAGGAGGCCCUCCACUUGUAUAACCGCAUGCGACAACUCGGCAUUUCUCCGAAUACCUUCACCUCUUCCUUUGCUCUCAAGUCGUGCACCCGGAUUUCUUACUUGUCUGGUGGAAAACAGAUGCAUGCGAGGAUCCUGCAAGAUGGGCAUCGAUCUGAUUCUCUUUUGCUGACUUCAUUGAUGGGACUCUACGUGGCGUGCGGGGACGGCGAUGAUGCGCGUCGGGUGUUUGAUGAAAUGCCCGAGCGAGAUAUAGUUGCAUGGAAUGUGUUGAUUUCUUGCUUUUGCCGUAAUCAACGGACCAAAGAUGCAUUGUGUUUGUUUGAUGUGAUGCGGGGACCGGAGUAUGGGUUGGAACCCGAUGAUGUCACCUGCUUGCUUCUUCUUCAGGCAUGCGCGCACUUGGGCGCACUUGAUUUCGGGGAGCGGAUACAUAAGUAUGUCGAGGAACGUGGUUUUGGUGGUGCUCUGAAUAUAAGGAAUUCCCUUGUAGCGAUGUAUUCGAGGUGUGGGUGUGUGGAUAAGGCUUAUAGAGUGUUUGUUGAUACACCGCAUAAGAAUAUGGUUAGUUGGAGUGCAAUGAUUUCUGGUUUGGCAAUGAAUGGUUACGGAAGGUAUGCGAUUGAAGCUUUUGGAGAGAUGACAAGAGUGGGUGUUGCUCCGGAUGAACAGACAUUCACAGGUGUGCUUUCAGCUUGUAGUCAUAGUGGGUUGGUUGAUGAAGGAUUGAGAUUUUUCGAUAUGAUGAGGUUUAAGUAUCAACUAGUCCCUAAUGUGUGCCACUAUGGAUGCAUGGUUGACCUUUUGGGCCGUGCUGGAUUGCUUGAUCAGGCAUAUGAGCUUAUAGCAAAAGAGAUGAAGGUUCAGCCAGAUGCUACAAUCUGGAGAACUCUCCUUGGAGCUUGCAGAAUUCAUGGUCACAUUGACCUUGGAGAACAAGUAAUUGGGCAGCUGAUUGAGUUAAAAGCACAACAAGCUGGAGAUUAUGUUUUGUUGCUGAAUAUAUAUGCAUAUGUGGGGAAUUGGGAGAAGGUAGCAGAAGUGAGGAGGUUGAUGAAGGAGAAGGGAAUUCAAACGACUCCAGGUUGCAGCACGAUAGAAUUGAAUGGAGAGGUUCAUGAGUUUGUUGUUGAUGAUGAUUCACAUCCACGGAAGGCAGAGAUUUAUGAGAAGCUUGAUGAGAUAGGACAGCAGCUAAAGAUUGCUGGUUAUGUCACAAAUAUGGCAUCUGAGUUGCAUGAUAUGGAUAUGGAGGAGAAGGAGAGUGCACUUUCUUUUCAUAGUGAAAAGCUGGCCAUUGCUUUCGGUAUUCUUGCUACUCCUCCCAGAAGGACGAUUAGAAUUUCAAAGAACCUUCGCACUUGUUUUGAUUGCCAUACCUUUGCAAAAGUGUUAUCCAGUGUUUAUAAUCGGCUGGUAAUCAUAAGAGACCGAAGUCGAUUCCACCAUUUCAAGGAAGGUCAUUGUUCAUGUAAUGAUUACUGGUAGGGCAUACGAAAUGGUAGCUUCAUGUGCAGGAAACUUGGUCCACAUAUAAGCAUGAGCAUGAAAGGAGGAUGCUGAUGCAUUCAAUAAAUAAAGCUUGUUUUCUGAAUUCUGCAACCUCGUUUCCAAGCCCACUAUAUAUGGAUUUCAAUUAAUACAAGGCAGUGCUUUGUUGACUUUUGGCAGCUUAACGAACAUCUUGUCAUUUAUACAUCCAUACAUUGAUUGGUUGCUCUUGUGAUGAAGGUGCCAAAGUCUACAUCCGAUUCAAAACUUUUCUUUCAUUCUCACUUUAUUGAACUUCCAUUGGAUUGAUCUGAAAAUCUUUCGAGGAAUGAAAUCUUUGAAUGUAAAUGUUGGAAUUUU